AGAAAACUUUCCUCGGUCAAACGACAAAUUAUACAGUGGAAAGUGAAGCACUGAAAUGAGUUAGAUUUUGACGACGAAUGUUAUAAUUCCAGGGAUCAAAAUGCUGGGAAACUAUUACUUUGCAAUUGUCGGACACCGCGAUAAUCCAGUGUUUGAAAUGGAAUUCAAUACACCAACGAAAUCUAUGGAUUCGUCUCAGGGCCGCGAAAGCUAUAAGAGAGAUGAUCACAGACACCUCAAUCAGUUUAUCGCACAUGCUGCACUGGAUCUUGUUGAUGAAUCUAUGUGGUCCACUACAGGAAUGUAUCUGAAAAAUGUCGACAAGUUCAAUGAAUGGUUUGUGUCAGCUUUUGUAACAGCCUCAGGUAAGAGAUUUAUGAUGCUUCAUGAUGUGAGAAAUGAUGAUGGAAUAAAGAAUUUCUUUUCUGAUGUCUAUGAAACAUACAUCAAGGUUAUUAUGAAUCCAUUUUAUGACAUGAACAAAAAGAUUGAAUCACCCAACUUUGAAAGGAAAGUAACUGUUGCUGCUAAGAAACAUCUCCUAGGAUAGCAUAUGACCUCAGGAAAAAUGAAGAGCAAUAAGCAAAUAAAUGAAUUUAUUUAAAGUUGUAUAAAUAGGAAUGGAUUGUAGUGCCUGGCUAGUUUAUGCAUUUUUUUUGUUAUCCACACAUGGGUUUAUCAUCUCGUCACAACUUCAACAAAAUCUAGUCUCAUGUCAGUUUUAAUUACCAUCAAAGGCACCAUGACUAUGAGCAAGAAACAUUUCAAAAUGUUGGAAUAUAAAUUAGUCUUUCUUUCCAAGUAUUAGUGAAGUUGUGUCCCUAAAGUACAUGUUGUAUUGGUGUAAGGAGUUGAUUCAGUCUAUUAUGUCACAAAUGCGCAGUCCCACAUCUUAGAGAAGUUGUUUGGUGAUGCCAAGCUUGUUCCCAGGGUCUAUCUUUUCAUCUCUUAUUCACUUGAGGAAUUUUAUGGCUUUUACUUCUUUAUAUCACUCUCCAUUAUUGUUUUAGUUUGCUUGAAAAGCAGUCCUUCCACCCUAUUCUUCAAAUUUUUGUUUUCCCACCUUUUGUGAAACCUUGAAUUGUUUGAUUUUCUUAAACAUAAUCAGGAGAGAUGAGUAAUAAAAACAACUAAUGAAAAUAAAAACGCUGUUGCAGUUCA